GACCGUAGAUCGGGGCCGACUAGGGAGCAGGCGAGCGGGGUCUGCUGGGGGAACCAGAAGAGGGUGGCCACGGGAGACGGGCCCGGGAGAGACCAGGAGAUCGGAGCAGAGGGGACCGGGGUGCGGCCCGCGCCGGGAGAGACCAGAGAAUUGGGACCGGAGCGGAGGGGAUCAGGGGAGGAUGAGCCGUGGGCCUGAGCCCAAGGAGACCAUGCGCGCCUCCAGGCUCUAUACCUUGGUACUGAUACUGCAACCUCAGCGAGUUCUGCUAGGCAUGAAGAAACGAGGCUUUGGGGCUGGCCGGUGGAAUGGCUUUGGGGGCAAAGUAGAAGAAGGAGAGACCAUCGAGGAUGGGGCCAAGAGGGAGCUGCAGGAGGAGAGUGGUCUGACCGUGGACACGUUGCACAAGGUGGGCCAGAUUGUGUUUGAAUUCGUGGGUGACCCAGAGUUGAUGGAUGUGCACAUCUUUUGUACCGACAGUGUCCGGGGGACACCUAUGGAGAGCGAUGAAAUGCGCCCUCAGUGGUUCCAACUGGACCAAAUCCCCUUCAGUGACAUGUGGCCUGAUGACAGCUACUGGUUCCCACUCCUGCUUCAGAAGAAGAAAUUCCACGGGUACUUCAGGUUCCAGGGUCAGGAUACCAUCCUGGACUACACACUGCGUGAGGUGGACAGAGUCUAGCUGGAAGGCCGGGUGGGCCCCCAGGCUAGAGAACUGGCUGUUAAACCGCUCAAACUGUCGAUUCAUCUGGCUCACUGAGCCACAAAUCAGGGAUUAUUUCUUAUUUAGAAUGUGAUUGGAUGGAAAGAAAAAGUCUUUUACCUUUUCUUUUCUUUUUUUUUUUUUUUUUUGGUGACCGGUAAGGGGAUCAUAACCCUUGGCUUGGUGUUGCCUGCACCACGCUCAGCCAGUGAGUGCACCAGCCAUCCCUAUAUAGGAUCCGAACCCGUGGCCUCAGCGCCCCCAGCGCCGCUGCACUCCCAGCACCGCACUCUCCCAAGUGAGCCACGGGGUCAGCCCAAGUCUUUUACCUUUUAAACACUCUUCACCGGGCACCAGCAUAACCAGCCCCAUCUUGCCCACAAGAAGCUGCCACAGGCACUGGGCUAUGACCUGCACUGAUGGACAGAGGUGAGAGAGGAGAAGGUGCAGGGCUGUGGGGGAAAAGGGUCAGCAUUUCUAACCGUCCCUGUGGUGGGCAGCUGGUAAAGGAGAACUGGGUGUUUAUUUGCCCAGCACUGCAGGCUCUGACAGUGUUUAUUACAGUGGGGAGAAAAUGAGGCACAGUCAAGGGCCCAGGGUUAAAACCCAGGUUCAGUGCAUUAAAGGCUAGUACCCUUCCCCUUCCCCAAGAGGAUGGGGCCGUUCUCUUCACUGUGGGGACCACCGAGAAGGGGGAGAUUCAAACCACCCAUUACAAAGAACUUACAACUUGACCCAACUUUCACACACGUUUAAUAACAAUUGUUCAUGUAAAUUUAUUGAUAAAAACUU